AUGCGUCUCGUUACCUCGAAGUUUCGCACUGGAAGAGUAGACCGUGACGACGAGCCAGACAGACAGAGAUCCAGGACGCGUUCACCCGACAGUCCAGCGAAAGUGGCGAGAGAACGGAGCAUACGGUCUAGCAAGCGGCGCAAGUUCGUGGAGUGCAUAACUGCCGACGAUGUCGACAUGGCGCAACUUCGCAAGCAGUCUUGGGGAGGGAUACCCGAAGACCUUCGCCCCAUAGCCUGGCCUCUCCUCCUAGGAUACUUCUCCCUCCCAUCCUCCAAUCGUCUUGCCUCUCUCGCCCGUAAACGUUCCGAAUAUCAGUCACUCGUCUCCCUCACCUUUGCUCGCGGCCGUGACUCGCUCGACCAGCAAAUAUGGCAUCAGAUCGAAAUUGACGUACCCAGGACGCGACCGGGUGUGCGUCUGUGGAUGCGAGAGUCCGCUCAAAGAAGCCUCGAGAGGAUAUUGUACGUGUGGGCGAUCCGUCAUCCAGCCAGUGGUUACGUACAGGGUAUCAACGAUCUCGUUACUCCGUUUUUCCAAGUCUUCCUAUCAGCUUACAUCGACUCGGACCCAGAAGACUUCGAUCCGGCCCUCCUCCCGCCCCACGUCCUCGAAGCAAUCGAAGCCGAUUCAUUCUGGUGUCUGUCGAGACUCUUGGACGGUAUCCAAGAUAACUACAUCGCUGGCCAGCCAGGCAUUCAGAGAAGCAUGAAGCGCAUGGCCGAACUGGUGGCGAGGAUCGAUCCAUUGCUAUUCAAUCAUCUGCACUCGCAGAAUGUAGAGUUCAUGCAGUUUGCCUUCCGGUGGAUGAAUUGCCUCCUCAUGCGUGAGAUCAGCGUCAAGAACACGAUUCGCAUGUGGGACACAUACCUGGUGAGGCAGGGUCCGGACGCGUUUUCUCAAUUCCACCUCUACGUGUGCUGUGCUUUCCUCACGCACUGGAGCGAAAAGCUGCAGCGAAUGGAUUUCCAAGGCAUAAUCAUGUUCCUACAAUCCUUGCCGACGCAGGAUUGGACAGACCACGACAUGGAACUCUUGCUCAGCAAGGCGUUCGAGCUCAGCUGGAUCUGGCAGGACGCAGACAGCCAUUUCGGCCGCAGGUGA